AUGUACAAUAUGCAGUGGAUAAUUGCUUUUCUUUGUAUAACUUAUAUUAAAGGCUCAAUGAUAAUAGUUCCAGAGACUAAAAGUCCAUACGAUAUUCUUUGGCAUGACUUUUCCUCACCCUCACCAUAUAACGAUAACAUAGAGAACAUUAGUGAAACAACAGCUGUUAACGAGCCUUUUUUUGAUGAGACAUCAUCACAAGUAAAUGUGUCCGCUCAGCUAGGAAAUGACGCCAUAUUAAAUUGUCGUGUGAACGAUCUACGUGAAAAGACGGUAUCCUGGCUGAAAAGAAAGGGAGAACAGCUUCAUUUAAUAACAAUUGGUGCUUCAACAUAUAGUGGCGAUUCACGAUAUUCUAUAGAAUUUAAGCCUCCCAAUGACUGGCAGUUACAAAUAAAGUAUGUAAAUGAGAGGGAUGAAGGGCAGUUCGAAUGUCACUUAAAUACUCAACCUGCUCUUUCACUUGUUGUUUCAUUAGAAGUUAUAGUUCCCCGCGUUGAAAUAAUAGAUGAAAGAGGUAUGCGUACUCCUGACAAAUUCUAUAAAUCUGGCAGCACAAUAGAACUGAAAUGUGUUAUCAGCAAAAUGCCACAACCAACAAAUUAUGUUACAUGGAAGCAUGGAUUGCGAAUGCUGAAUUAUGACACAAGUCGAGGUGGAAUCAGUGUAAAAACUAAUUUAAACUCAAUGGGAGCAGUUAGUAGGUUGUAUAUUGCAAAUGCAAACAAAUACGACAAUGGGAAUUAUACAUGUUCCUUAGGUGAAUCUGUACAGACUACAGUUACCGUCCAUAUUUUAAAUGGUGAAAAUCCAGCAGCAGCUCAACAUUCAGAAACUGAUUCGGCCAGUUUUUUGAGCCCGUUAAAUCACAUGCUGAUUUAUACUCUAUUAUUAAUAUCCCUCUUCAACUACAGGUGA